AUGGAGGAUCUAGUACCAUUUAAAGUUUUCACUUAUUGGAAUGAAAAUGAAAAACCUGAAGUAAGAAGAUUUGGAAUUGAAAAGAGUGUUGUAACCAGCUUCCAUUAUUUAAAUGCCAAAUUACAAGAAGCAUUCCCUGGCUUGAAAAAUAAGUACUACAAUGUCUCAUGGAAAGAUGAGGAAGGUGAUGAUGUUACCAUAUCAUCUGAUAAUGAAGUUAUGAUUGCAUUAGUGGCCAUGCAGGCCCAAAACCUAAUGAAACUCCAUAUCUACUGUAAGGAUAAAAAGCCUCAAGAUGAUGAGUGUGAUAUAGUGUUAACUGCCGUCACUAAUAAUGCAUGCUCAUCAUCAACUAUGCCUAUGCCACAUUGUGGUGUAGUGUGUGAUGGAUGUGAAUCGCCUGUGGUGGGAUUCAGGUACAAGUGUACAACAUGCGAUGAUUAUGACUUGUGCUCAAAAUGUGAAGGUGCGGGCUUGCAUCCUGAGCAUUGCAUGGUCAGGGUGCCCAUGCCUAAUAUGCCACAUACUGUCAUUAAAGCAGCCAUUAAGAGGUCUCAUCACUUCCUGAAAACUGUAUUAAGUACCAUUGAUGAGAAACACAAGAAACAACGACGAGAACGAAGCAGCGAGAGGAAACGUCAUGGACAUAGCCACGGCCAUGGUCAUGGCCAUGGUCAUCGCCACCACAGUGGUGAUCGCGAACACCAUCGACGCACUCGCACGACCUGGCUGGAAACCUUUGCUAAUUACAUGAAUGAAUUUGCAAACCUCGCUGGAGAUGUCAAUAUUGAAACAGAAAAAUCUGAUAAUCCUCAAGAAUCAAAAGCUCAAGCUGAUCCCAACAAUCCAAAUCCCAAUAAGGAACAAUCAAGUACUCAACAACAGCAAUGCCCCAUCAUUGCAGAGAAUGUAGAUAUUCAAAACAUUCAGAAACUGCUGAGUGCCUAUUUGAAUGGUGGUCUGCAUAAGCCAUCUACUUCUGCUACAAAUACCCAAUCUGAGCCUCAAAAGCCAACUAAUAUGGAUGUGGAAAUGGGUCAGGGGGAUAGAGCGGUGCCAGAAGAUACAGAGAACACACAAUCAGAGGCUUCUUCAUCAUCAUCAUCGUCAGAGGAAUCUAAAAGAGAGCCAACUCCUGAAAUAGAGAAGGACAAAGUCGAUGGAUGGACUGUAAUUAAUAAAGAAAAAGAUUUACAAGACACAAAGGUUGACUCAAACGAAGCACCAGCUAUUGGGUUCAAUCUGCCUAAGGAGUUCCAAGCGCGCAUGAAUAUUUCUGAACAGCAAAACAUUUAUCCACCUCUGAAUAUGUCAACAGCUGUAUUGAAUCCUAAAGAGGAGGAGAAAUCAACCAUUCCCACUCAGCCACAGCCACAGGGAGCGGGAGAUUCUCAAGCUUCUAAUACAGCAGCCCCUUCUGCUCCUGCAGAUAAUAAGGAACCAAGGAAGCGUCAUCCAUUAGUCCACAUUGAUGUAGCAAUCGAGCAGAUGAUGGCCAUGGGCUUCACCAACGAGGGUGGAUGGCUCACACAGCUCUUAGAAAGCAAGAAUGGAAAUAUCGCCGCAGUUCUUGACUUACUUACACCUGUCAAUCCUAAGAAG